GUCGAGUUUCAGAUCCUAAUCACCUCGAAGAACAUACUUUUUCUUUCCCUUUUGGAGAUCUUUCUUUUCUCUUAGAAAUGGCCGGAGAUGGGAUUAUCGUUCGUCGCCGGUUUCUCCAUUACGUUUAGUGAAGAACAGACCGCACAUCUUCUCAUUCUUAUAAAUGGGCACAAACAAGAACAUCGUUGUAGGUUCCCAUGUCUGGGUUGAAGAUCCAACUCUGGCUUGGGUAGAUGGUGAGGUCUUGGAUAUCAAGGGGGAAGAUGCUGAAAUCCAAACAUCAGCAGGCAAAGGGGUCGUCGCCAACUUAUCGAAACUACAUGCGAAAGACAUGGACGUCCCUGAAGAUGGAGUCGACGACAUGACCAAACUAUCGUACUUCCACGAACCAGGAGUAUUGCAUAACUUAGCCAGUCGAUUUGCCUUAAACAAAGUCUACACUUACACCGGAAACAUCCUCAUCGCCAUCAACCCCUUCCAAAGCCUCGACGAUUUGUACGACGCCGCCGCCAUGGAGAAGUACAAAGGCAGGCUGUUGGGAGACAUGAGCCCUCACGUGUUCGCCAUCGCCGAUGCUUCGUACAGGGGGAUGAUCGACGAGAGAAAGAACAUCUCGAUACUCGUGAGCGGCGAGAGCGGGGCCGGCAAGACGGAGACCACCAAGAUGAUCAUGCGUUAUCUUGCGUUUCUUGGAGGACAUACUUUUGUGGAAGGACGCCGGACGGUCGAACAGCAAAUACUAGAAUCUAACCCAGUGCUUGAAGCUUUUGGCAAUGCGAAGACCGUAAGAAACAAUAAUUCCAGUCGCUUCGGGAAGUUCGUCGAAAUCCAAUUCGACAACCGCGGAAGAAUCUCCGGGGCGGCGAUACGAACGUAUCUCCUAGAGAGAUCUCGUGUCUGUCAGAUUUCGGAUUCGGAACGUAAUUACCAUAGCUUUUACCAUCUGUGCGCGGCCCCGCAAGAGGAAAUCGAGAAAUACAAGUUGGGAAAUCCCGAGUCGUUUCACUAUCUCAACCAAUCCAAUUGUUACCAAUUGGAGGGGGUGAAUGAUGCAGAGGAGUACCUUGCUAUAAGGAGAGCUAUGAAUGUAGUGGGAAUAAGUGAGGAUGAACAGAAUUCAAUAUUUCGCGUCGUGGCGGCGAUUCUACAUCUCGGAAAUAUCAACUUUUCGAGGGGUGAAGAGUCGGACUCCUCGGUGGUGACGGAUGAAAAUUCCAAAUUUCAUCUCGCAAUGACUGCCCAACUUCUUAAGUGCGAUAUUCAUGUAUUAGAAGAUGCUUUGUGCAAGCGUUUAAUGGUCACUCCUGAAGAAAUAAUCCAGAGAAGCCUCGACCCCCUUGGUGCAGCAGUUAGCAGAGAUAGCUUAGCCAAAACUAUAUACUCACGCCUAUUUGAUUGGUUGGUUAACAAGAUAAAUGUCGCCAUCGGACAAGAUCCCGAUUCGAAGUACCUCAUAGGAGUUCUCGACAUUUAUGGGUUUGAAAGCUUCCAAUCUAAUAGCUUUGAGCAAUUUUGCAUAAAUUACACAAAUGAAAAGCUACAACAACAUUUCAAUCAGCACGUUUUCAAAAUGGAGCAAGACGAAUACAAGAAGGAAGAUAUAGAUUGGAGCUACGUGGAAUUUGUUGAUAAUCAAGACAUCUUGGAUCUAAUUGAAAAGAAACCAGGCGGAAUCAUCGCGUUGCUUGACGAAGCCUGUAUGUUUCCAAGAUCAACCAGUGAAACAUUCACCGAAAAGCUUUAUCAAUCAUACAAGUCCCACAGGCAUUUUAUCAAGCCAAAGUUAUCGCGUGCGGACUUCACGGUUAUUCACUAUGCCGGAGAGGUUCAAUACCAAUCUGACCAGUUUCUAGAUAAGAAUAAAGACUAUGUUGUUCCAGAACAUCAAGACUUGUUGAGUACCUCCAAGUGCUCUUUCGUAGCAAGCCUUUUCCCACCACUUUCGGAAGACUUGGCAAAGUCAGCAAAAUUUUCAUCUCUUAGCUCUAGGUUCAAGCUACAACUACAACAACUGAUGGAUACCCUAAAUUCUACAGAACCUCAUUACAUCAGAUGCGUGAAGCCAAACAGCAAGCUAAGACCUUUGGUUUUUGAGAAUAUGAGUGUGAUGCAGCAAUUACGUUCUGGUGGUGUUCUCGAAGCAAUCAGAAUCAAAUGCGCUGGAUACCCAACGCAUAAGACCUUUCCCGAAUUCAUAAAGCGCUUCAGUAUACUUGCACCGGAGGUAUUAAAGCAAGAGUGUGAUGAGAGAGAUGCUUGUACAAUGAUGCUUGAAAAAUUAGCUCUUCGAGGUUUCAAGAUUGGGAAGACAAAAGUUUUCUUAAGAGCUGGGCAAAUGGCUGAGCUAGAUUCAUUGCGAUUACAAGAGCUUGGUAGGUAUGCCCAGAUUAUUCAACGACAGAUGAGAACUCACAUUGCUCGCAAACAAUACAUCUCUUUAAGAAAGCAUUCGAUCCGCAUACAGUCCUUUUGGAGAGGAAAAUUAGCUGGCAAAUUGUUUGAACAUAUGAAAAGGGAGAUUGCAGCUACCAAAGUACAAAAUGUAUAUCGUGGAUAUUCGACUAGAAAUAAAUAUAUCAAGAUGAAAGUCGUUGCAAUUGCCGUGCAAGCUGCUAUACGAGCAACAUUUGCACGUUGUGAAUUCGAACUUAAAAAGCACAACAAAGCAGCAACCACAAUUCAGUGCAACUGGCGGCGUCAUAGAGAUCAAUCGCAUUAUAGGCAACUGAAAAAAGCAUCAAUUCUUCUACAAGGGAAACGAAGGAAAAACGUGACCAGAAUAGAGCAUGAAAAGAAAGAGAUGCUGAGUUACCAGAUGAGAAGAGUAACAAAUGAAGAAGAUGAAGAAAAUGAAAAAGAAAAGCUCGAGAAGCAAGUGGAGGAACUCACAUUAUCAUUGCAAAUGGAGAAAAUGGCUCGGACUAAAUUAGAAGAAGAAAAGGCUCAAGACAUAGAAAGAUUGCACCAUUCUUUAAAUACCAUGAGAGCGAAAGUUGAUGAAGCAACUGCUUUACUGUACAAUGAACGAGAAAUUGCACAAAAUAUAAUUGAAGAUGCUCGUCAACUGAUGACCCCCGUUAGGGAUUCCGUUCAGGAUGCCGAAAAAAUUCAGUCUCUCAACUCAGAAGUGGAAAAUCUCAAGGUCUUGCUGCGGAAAGAAAGAGAAUCAAGUGAGGAACAAAAGAAAAAGUUGUUAGAAACUCAAAGAAGGGUUGACCAAUUACAAGAACACUUGAAUAGGAUGACGUCGAGUGUCUCAGAUCAAGUCUCGGAGUUGAAAUCCUUCUUGUGCUCAUCGAGCUCGACUCACACUUCUACAACUAGAGAUCACCAAGACGAUGCUGCUAUCGAACUUAUGGAGACUUCGUCGAGCGAUUCGGACUUCACUUUUCCAGCUCCAGUCUCGACUUCAGAUUCCUUCCAAUUCACCGAUGGACUCCAGUUGAUGGUUCAGGAUAUAUCGACUGGCGAAAAUCUGGGAGUUGAAAAGUCAGAGACUGAAAAGGAACGUGCAUUUGAUGAUUUCUUUUGACGAAAACUAAUGAGGGUUGAUGAUAAGUGUGACAGUCAUUUUUUUUUUUUUUCUUUUUUGAGAUACAUGUUGUUGAUCUUAAGUAGCUAGGUUAAGUAGAGUGAGAGUUAGAUUCUUUGUAUUAUUUCCAUGAAAUUCCGUUUGUGUAUAU